AUGCCGUCGCUGGUCACCGUCAACAAUAACGUUUCCCUGCUGAGCAUCACUAUCGCUCCCAGCAUAUAUGUCGCAACCCUGACCUUGUCCUUCGUCUUCGUCUACCUGUACAUCGUCCAGAUCUCGUGGAAGCCGACACUGCUACCCAACACCAGCUACUUUAAGCGCACAAGUCGAACCACCAAGACCGCAGAGGCCGCACUCGAGCCGCCUCCUCUCCCACCACCACCCACUUACAAGGCCCUACCCGCACCACCCGCCGCCGAGGCCAGCGGCGCACUCGUCCGUCGCGGCAACCGCCACUCCUCCCAACACUACCAGCAACAGUAUGAUGAUGGCUACGAAACAUUCGACGACGGCGUGAACUUGUUCGGUCACCCGUCGCAUCAUUCGAGCUUCCGGUCAGACGACGCGGAGAGCGACCUGGGCCCGGAUCCCGAAAACUCAGUCUCCGCCGGUGGCUACAGUCCUCCGGCCUGGCGCCGCCUCGGAAACGGGAGUCGCGACAGCGGCUUCUGGCGGCGGAGUGAUGACCUGCUCGGCGCCUUCUCCCCGCAGCACCACGGACACCACCAAGGCUUUGGCGGCUUCAAGUCGAGGGAGUCUAGCCCCGAGUACGAUAGCGACGGCGACGAGAGCGAGUCGGUAUUGCGCAGGGCUAUGCGCACGAGGUUGCCGACGGGGAGCAUGAGUCCCGAUAAGGCCCGGUCGCCGAGUCCCGAGCCCAAGAUGGAGGAUAGGACGAUCAAGUUGGAGGAUAUUCCGUGGAAGGAGACGAGCCCUUCCGAGGGAACUUUGAAUCAAGACAAUUAUAUUAGAUUCGCAUUGCGCGCAGAAGUACAGCAGCGCACGGAACCCAUCGAAGCCCUCGUACAAUUCUUCCGCUCAAAGUGGCGCUUUUUGACUCACUCGUGGUCGUCCAUGAUCCUAUCCAUCCUCGUCGCCGUGCUCGCCGUAACUGCAACGCGCAACCUCUUCCAACCCGCUACGCAACAGCCGGUGCCCGACCUCGUCAAAGUCGCGGGCAUCGCGCGGUCUUUCGAACCGCUCAUUUACUUUUCCGAGAAUGGCGCAUCCCAGGUCGGCGAUUUGCAAGCGACUGGGGUUGCUGUGUGGGAUCUCGGCGAGAGUGUGCGCUCUAGCAAUAUGACUUCGGCGCCGAUCAUUGUCAAGGAGCUGGAUGAUCUCAGUGAGAGCUUGAAGACUCUAGCUGUUGAGCUGACAAAGUUCUUUGCGAACGUCGACGGCGAUAUUGAUGGCAUUCUCAUUGUCAUGGACUGGGCGCGCAGAGAACUUUCUCAAGUCCAACACCUUCCUUCAUCUCCUUUCACUGCCGCCUUCGACAAUAUCCACAAUCUCCUCUCCGAAGCCGGCGUUCUUGAAGACGGCUUCGGUACCCCAACGCGCCUUGGCUCUCUGUCGAGAUAUAUAUUUGGCAUGUCCAACCCGCAGCGCACGCGCCUCACCCUCCAGCGCACAUUCAAUGAGUUCCUCACCGUGCUCGAGGACGCCAUCAACUCGGAAUUACAGCAUUCCCUUGCCUUAUUUGCUCUCUUCGAGGCCAUCGACCACCAGUUCCUCAAUCUCGCGCGCACCGUCGUCCGCGAGGCAUCCGCGCAGGAUGAUCUGCACGCCGACUCGUUGUCGUCACUCUGGACGCGCAUCCUGGGCGCAAACGCCGCAGAGGUGGCCAAGUACGAGCGCAACCGUCUGCUGUUGCAGAACGUGAGGGAGAAGACGGUGCGCAAUAAGAGCAUACUGGUCGAGCAUAACGGCAAGCUCAUGGCCCUCAAGGCCAAUCUCGAGAACCUGCGACGCAAGCUCGUCAGCCCGCUUGUCAGGUCUGUGAACUCGAGCACCCUGACGCUUGAGGACCAGAUCCGCGGGCUGGAGGACGUCGGGGGAUACCUCGAGGGUGUGCGGACGCGGCAGAAGGGCAAGUUGAUGGAGAUGCUGUACGGGAGCGUUGGGAACAGUCGACGGCUCAUUGAGGAGCGGACGUAUGGCCGUACAGCAUGA